AUUUACUUGAGGCAUGCGAUAGAAUUGAUUCAAAUACUAACGUUGAUAAGGUUAUUACUCGGAAAAAGCAAAAGACAAAGAGCAUAUCAAAACGUCAGUCAGACAAUUCUAGCGAUGAUAAUGAUUCUUGUGAAAGUGAUAAUGAAGUACUAAACGAGGCAGACGAAGAUAAUUUCGUAAGCCAAGAUUUGAGUAGCGAAGGAGAAAAUGUGAAUUUGGACAGUGAUAACAGCGAUUGUAUAAAUGACGAAGAAAGUUUGGAGGAAGACUCUGAAGUUGACCUAGAAAAUAAAUCUAACAGUACAGCUGAUGAAUGCGCUAGCAAUGAUGGUGAUAGCCACACGGAAUCCGUAAAUAAUGAAAGUAAUGAGUUACGUAAGGAUUUACUCACGACUAAGACAGAAAAAUAUAUACCUCCUCAACAAAGAAUGCGAAAUGAGAAUGAUUCCAAAGAAAUAGAUGCUAUUCGAAAACAGAUGAAGGGCUAUAUUAAUAGGUUAUUCUACCAAAUUUAA